UGGCUAGUACCACUGCCUGUAGUUUGACGAAUCAUAAAUUUAUCCAUUAGGUAAAAAUUUGUUAAAAUAGUUAAAAAUGUGUGUUUAAUCGUAAACUUAAACUUUUCUUAGUCUCGAUGUACCUCUCGUUGCUCAACUGCAUAUUAUGGACAAAGCUGGGCACUAACUAGUUAGAAAGUUAAAAUUAAGUUAGAAAGUUACUUUUUAAGUAACUUUCUAACUUAACUAGUUAGUUUUAAAUCAUAUUAACUUUGUAACUUAACUAGUUGAAUUUAAUGUGUAAAAUAGUCUUAUCUAACUCGUUAGAAAAAAAAGUAACUAGUUAUUAUUAUAAUUUUUUUUUCAUUCCAAAAUUCCAAAAGCUGUUCAUUAAUCAUAACAUUACGGCUAGGUUAUAUAGAUUAUUGGCUCAUAUAAUAUAAUAUUAUUAAAUAUUAGUAUUUACUAUUUAUAAUAAUGUACGCACAGAAACCACGGUUUUUCCGCGUAGUCUGUAGAAUGUAGAUAUCUACUAGAUGUCUAGAUAUAAAUAGUAUCUAUACGGGUGGCUUAACCAAUUAGUAUAGACACAAUAUCGUAUAAAUCGUAUAAUAUCAAAUAAUAUUUACGACUGUCGCGACGCGCGAUUAUUCUAGAAUCCUACACACAUGCACAUGACGACUGAGAACCAAGACACUUUUGUGACACUUUACGAUCGUGAUUCAUACGCGCUGUUGCCUGUUGUUGUUUUCUUUUUUUAAACAGUUUUCAGUACCAAUACGUCUCGUGCCUACUUUCGUUGUUGUGCAAAUUGUUCAUUAUAAAAUUGAAAUGAGUGUUAUCGUUGCUGAUUCGGCUGUUGCCGAUAGUAAUUAUAAUUUAAAAUGGCCACAGUUACAACAGUUUUUUGAACAACAAGGAAAGAUUGAGGAUAAAAAUAUUGAAUUUAAAUGUGUAUUAUGUAAACCUAAACAUAAAACAUUAUCCACUUCAAGUACAUCGUAUUCAAACUUGAGAGCACAUAUUAAGAGUACACAUAAAUCUAUGUUAGAUAAGUUUAAUGAUAUGGUUAAAAAAAGAUCACUUAAUCAAGAUAAACCGAGUACAUUGAAACAAUUAAAUUUACAUGAAUUUAAAAAACAAAAAACUAAGUUGUCUCAAGCUACUUUUGAUAGAGCCAACAUGGAAUUAAUAAUUAGUACGGUGUCCCCUUUUUCAUUCAUUGAACAUCCUGCAUUCCUCAAAUAUACUAAUACUGUGGCACAAAUGGUACCAGUAUCUAGAAGAACAUUGAUGAGAAAUAUUAAUUCAAGUUUUGAAGAAAUGAAAAAUUCAAUUAUCAAAAAGUUUAAUGAUUUGGAAUAUGUAUGUGUUACUGCAGAUUGCUGGACUGCAUUCAGAAGGUCUUAUAUGGGCUUUACUGCACACUGGAUUGAUCCAUUCACCUUUGAACGCAAGUCGAAUGCCAUUGCUUGUAGGCGUAUAAUUGGUAAACAUACAUAUGAUGUUCUAGCUGAUAUGAUUGAACUUGUGUUGAAUGAAUACAAAAUAAAUACAAAAGUAACCUAUAUGGUUACAGAUAAUGCAUCAAACUUUGCUAAGGCAUUCAGACUUUAUAGCACUACUGAAGAUGAAAUAGAAACUCCAGAAAAUGAUUCACUUAUAUAUUCAACGGAUAUUUUUGAAAUUUUAAGUGAAGGGGAAGAAAGACAUUUUAGGCUGCCUAAACAACUGCGCUGUGCUUCGCAUACAUUCAAUUUGCUGGCCACGAAUGAUGUGAAUAAAUUACAAAUCAAAGAUGGACCAUAUAAAACAUUAAGUAGAAGGGCUUUUGGAAAGUGUAAUGCACUUUUCAAUAAACAAAAUAUGAGUACAUUGGUGGCAGAUAAAAUUAAAAAUCAUCUAGGUCGAUAUUUAAUCACACCAAAUGAUACACGUUGGAAUGCUUUGUAUGACUCUUUGAGUUUUAUUAUAAGCCACUUUGAUGAAGUAGAGAAUAUUUGUACUGAUAUUCAGUUGCCUUGCCUAAGUAAACCACAAGAAACAGAUUUUUUGACUGAAUAUUGCAAAGUUAUGAAACCUAUUGCAAAAGCUUUAGAUAUACUGCAAGGAGAAAAAUAUAUUUCUAUUGGUUAUCUUCUCCCUACAUUAACAGCUGUAAAAAAAUCAUUAAAUCAACUUAUAUUGCAUGGAAACCUAAAAUAUUGCAAGCCAUUAGUUGAAGUGCUGAUCAGUGGAUUAAAAAAACGGUUUGAUACAAAUUUUGAAUCUUCAGACAUGAAAUUAGCUGCUACUUUAGAACCAAAGUUUAAGUGGAAUUGGGCUGAAGUAGAAAUGGUCAAUGAGUUGAAAGAAUGUUUAAAAGCAAGAUUGUCUGAGCUAAUUGCAGAAAAUACUGAAUGUAUUAUGAAUGAUAAAACCAAUGAAGUCACAUAUGAUGAUUUUUUACAUUUCGAUGCUUUAGAAAAUCCAGAAACAGAUAAACUUCAAAAUUUAUUUAAUGAAUAUUCAAACUCUUCUCCUAAACUACCAUUAAACACAUUUUCUGAAGAAAUACAAAAAUUAUAUAUUAAGUAUAAUACAAGUAUUCCCUCUAGUGCUCACGUCGAGAGACUUUUUAGUGCAGGAGGCCAAUUGUUCGAUGAAAGGCGUGGAUCUAUGUCCGAUGAUACUUUUGAAAUGUCACUUCUGUUAAAAUUUAACAAAUAUUUUGAAUAAAAUAUACUAGCAUAUAGUCAUAUAAAUUAUAUUAUGUAUUAUUAUUAAAUAUUAACUUAUUAUUUACAUUUUAACAAAAAAUUUUUUUAAUUUUUAUAAACUAACUUCUAACUUCUACUCUAACUUAGUUACUAUUUUCACCAAACUAACUUCUAACUAACUAAGUUAGAAAUUUUUACAGUUUCAGAAACUAACUUAUAUUCUAACUUAGUUAGUUUUUUUAUUGAAGUAACUUAACUUCAACUAGUUG